AUGUCCGAAGAAAUCAUAUACGAACUUUUUCUUCAGGCUGGUCCGAUAGAGUCGGUUUCACUCAAGGGCGGUUUUGGCUUUGUUACAUUCGAGGAUGAGGAAUCUGUGCUCUAUUCGUGUUCAUUGUUCGAGGGAGUUCGUCUAUUUGACCAAGAACUCAAAAUAAAACCAAGAGCCGGAUCGAAAUACGCGAACCAAAAGUUCACUUCCGUUCCUCCAUAUCUCAACGGCGGAAGCUCGAUGCCAUCACGUGGUCAUGGCCACUCAUCUGAUCCCCUUGGUCAGCAGGUCCCGAGAUUGUUUGUUGCCCCACCCCCUUUUCCAAACCAUUUCCCUUACGAUGCCAAUUGUCCCAAUGCACCACUUCUGGCACCCAACAUGUAUGGGGAACACGCCACGAAUUCUGUUUUCAGUCGUCUCAGCCAGUGUCGUAGGACACUAUCGUACGGUCCCGACUCAUUUGCACAAAAGCGUUCCGACUUCAAUGGAGGUUCAAUAGGGCAAACUUUUCCGCCUGUGUUUCCCCCAUUGGGUGGUUUUCGUCAGAAUAGUAGUGACCAUGUUGGCAAUUUUCAGCGCUCCUACUCUAGUGGCUACAAGUAA